CUGGUUGAGAUGGUUGGGAUGACUCCAACGAACCAGAACUUUUUGAUUGGUUAUGCAGUUAUGAAGGAUGAGACGGUUGCGAGUUACCGUUGGGUGUUGGAGAAGUUGAGAAAUUACAUCGGCCCAAGUGUUCAGCCAUCGGCCAUCGUCAGCGAUUGUGAGGGAGGUCUCUUUGCCCCUAUAGCGGAGCUGUUUCCGGAGUCGAGCCAUUUACUGUGCACAUGGCACAUCAACAAAUGCGUGAAAGUCAAAGCCUACAACCUUUUCAACAAGAACUUAGAUUCAGCAGAGAGAUUGGUAAAUGGUAAGUGGCGGAAGAUCCUGCAAGCUACCACGGAGGCAGAGUACGACCGAGCCUUGGAUAACUUCAAGGAUGCAUACCAAUGGUGCCCGGCAAUCGUAGACUAUGUGAUGCAGCAGUGGGUGCCUCAGAGGGAAAAGUUUGUCAAAUAUUGGACAAACCAAGUUCUUCAUUUAUCGCCACGUGCCGUGGUCGUACAUCGUCAUCAAGUGGUAGUCAAACAUCUUCGUCGGUGAAUAUGCCCGGCACCGGCAGAAUGGACAUUGAACAUUUUCCAUAUAAAGACAGGAUCCCUAACAUCAUGAUGCCGUUCCUGGACGGGUGGAAUGAUGUGGUUGCAGAUGGUAACUGUGGAUUUCGGGUUGUGGCUGAUGUGUUUCAGAUGGGUGAAGACAACUACGGUUUAGUGCGUCAGUUGAUGUACAGUGAAAUCGCCUCAAACCGAGCUGUUUAUCGCCACGUGUACGGACAGGACUUGGAUAGGUCUCUGCAGCGUAUCCGGUGGGGAGGAGGACGUUGCGGUCAAAAUCAUUGGUUCGACGCGCCCCUUGAUCUCUUCGCCGUUGCAAACAUCUACAAGUGUGCAGUGAUGCAUUUCGGCCUUGGUUUGCAUGGUCGAGCUUACUAUCCGUGUACCACGGUUCUGCCUUGGUGUUCGCGUGAGACCGUCACCAGACCGGUAAGAGAGGUUGCUAUUGGAUUUCUGGGGCCGUCAUACAGACAUUUCAUCCGACUGGACCUGUCACCCGAUUUUCCGGUCCCACCGAUUAUACCAACGUGGUACACCAUUCGUACAGCAAGCGUAGAGGGCUGGGAUGCGUUAUAUCAUGACCGGGUGCAGCAGUGGAACAAUCUAGUUGCCUUUUCUAUGUGACCUAAUAUUGCUAUUGCUAUGUUUUUCCCAUUUAUUUAAUUUUCGGAUUCUAAUUUUCGUAUUUAGUUUUCCCAUUUAAAUGUGAACCUGUAUUUAGUUUU